GACGUCGUCUCUUUGAUGCUUAUACUUGUACACUGAUCUAUUCCAUCCGUUCAUUGACGCCUAAAGUCAUCCUUUCUAAUCAGCGGGCGUAUACGCGUGCCCCUGCGAUUGUCGCGCGAUGGCGUGGCUCAGUGAUGGCCUGCCAGGCCUGCGCUCUCUCACCAAAAGAGAUGACAAUACCGAAGGCGCGCCUACCAGUCUGUCGGGAUUCAUCUCCACCCUCGUCCCAUCCCUGAUCGUCGCCGGUGUUAUGAUCCUCGCUUUUGUCGUCCUCCGCAGAUGGUACCGUCGUUACUACAUGCCUCGUACCUUUUUGCCGACUCUGCGCGACUACGAACGAACUCCGAGCUCGCCCUUAGGGUUGUGGAAUUGGAUUACCGCCAUGUACAAAUUACCAGAUACCUAUGUGCUGCAACACCACUCUUUGGACGCCUAUCUAUUGCUCCGCUACAUGAAAUUGCUCGUGGUUCUGUGUUUUGUCGGCUGCUGUAUUACUUGGCCAAUUCUCUUCCCCAUCAACGCCACGGGGGGUGGAAAUAAACAACAAUUCGAUAUUCUCUCCAUGUCCAAUGUGAAAAAUAAAGCGAGAUACUUUGCACACGCUUUCGUCGGUUGGAUCUUUUUUGGCUUUAUUUUCUUUUUGGUGACGCGCGAGAGCAUCUUCUACAUCAACCUGCGACAGGCCUAUGCUUUUUCCCCAGCUUAUGCCAAUCGGCUUUCGUCCCGGACUGUCAUGUUUUCAUCCGUUCCGCGGGAUUAUCUAGAUGAGAAGAAGCUGCGUCGCAUGUUUGGCACGGAACGUGUGAAGAACGUCUGGAUCACUACUGACACCAGCAAGCUCGAGGACAAAGUCAAAGAACGAGAUGACGCUGCUAUGAAAUUGGAAGCUGCUGAAACCGCCUUGGUCAAGCAAGCCAACGCCGCGCGUCUUAAAGCUUUGAAGAAGAAUGCUGCCGCUUCCGAUGAGCAAUUAGAUAGCACUGCCGAUCAGACCGAGUCUGGCUCUGUCGCAGCGCGUUGGGUGAAGCGCAAGGAUCGUCCUACUCAUCGCUUGAAAUUCUUGAUUGGAAAGAAGGUCGACACUAUCGACUGGGCUCGCGCUGAAAUUGAGCGCCUGAACCCCGAAAUUGAGGAAGAGCAAGCCAAGCAUCGUGCCGUUGAUGCCAAAAAGGUCUCUGCGGUCUUUGUUGAAUUCUACAAUCAAAACGACGCUCAAGACGCAUAUCAAUCCGUCGCGCACAACCAGCCCCUGCACAUGGCCCCCCGGUACAUCGGCGUUGACCCCACUCAGGUUAUCUGGUCCAAUCUCCGUAUCAUGUGGUGGGAACGCGUCGUUCGUAAUUUUGUUACUAUUGGCUUUAUUUGCACGCUGAUUGUUUUCUGGGCUAUCCCCGUUGCCUUUGUUGGUUCCAUCUCCAACAUUGACAGUUUGAUCCAGAAACUACCAUGGCUCAGCUUCAUCAACGAUGUUCCAACCUUUAUCCGUGGUGUCAUCACUGGCCUAUUGCCUUCGGUUCUGUUGUCGAUUCUAAUGGCAUUGUUGCCUAUCGUCAUUCGCUUGUGUGCAAAAUUCGGUGGUUGCCCCACAGCAGCUGCGGUUGAGCUGUGGACUCAAAAUGCCUAUUUCGGAUUCCAGGUCGUGCAGGUUUUCUUAGUUACAACACUAUCUUCUGCGGCGUCUGCCGUCGUGGAGCGGAUUAUCGACAGACCCACGGAUGCAGCAAGCUUGUUGGCUGCGCAUCUGCCUCUAUCUGCGAACUUCUACGUUGCGUAUAUUGUUCUUCAGGGCUUGACUUUCACUUCAGGUGCGCUGCUUGGUAUAGCCGGGCUUGUUAUUGGAAAGGUGCUCGGCAAAUUCCUCGAUAAGACACCCCGUAAAAUGUACAAGCGCUGGAUGAGUUUGUCUGAUUUGAGUUGGGGAACGGUCCUACCUCCAAUGUCUCUUUUGGGUGUUAUUGCUAUUGCUUAUUCGAUCAUCGCUCCUUUGGUCAUGGGCUUUGCCACCGUCGGUCUUUACCUCUUUUAUUUUGCUUUCCGCUACCAAUUGCUCUACGUGUCAAACGCACAAAUCGACACUCAAGGACGUAUAUAUGCUCGUGCUCUUCAACAUCUACUUGUCGGUGUCUACAUCGGAGUUGUUUGUCUAAUUGGUUUGUUCGCCAUUGCAGCUGCCGACCAGCCUAUUGGUACCGGACCCCUUGUCCUGAUGAUUAUCUUUUUGGUCUUUGCUGUUUUGUACCAUGUUUCUCUGAACUCGGCCUUGGGUCCUCUUCUCAACUACCUGCCCAAGAACCUGGAAGCUGAAGAGGAGUCCCUUUUGACUGAGGCGCGGAGCAAAAUCUCCCCUACCGCUUCAGAGGGCAUCGACGGCCCUGUUGAAAGUGGAUCUGGAAAGGAACACAACGGCUAUCAUGACAGUGUUGACACUGCCGAGAAGGGAGACACCACUCCCCAUCCAUCAGAAUUACCUGCUCCUCAUAAAAAACCCAAUCUCUUCACCAAGUUCUUCCGCCCGGACAUUUACUCAGACUACCGUACAAUGCGCCGCCUUGUCCCUUCCCACAUUGAAGUCCCCGAAUACCCGCCUGAAGUCGAGCGCGAUGCAUAUUUUCAUCCUGCGAUCACAGCAAGUAUACCGUUGUUGUGGAUUCCGCAUGACGAACUGGGUGUCAGCAAGCAGGAAGUCGAGCAUACUUCUCGUGUCAUCCCUAUUUCGGACGAGGAUGCCUUUAUCGAUGAAAAGGGUAAUGUGCAGUGGAACAAUGAGACCAGACCUCCUAUCUACGAGGAGAAGAUUUAUUACUAAUUCUAAUACCGUCUUUCUUUCUUUACUUUCUUUUAUUCAUCUGUCUCGUGAUAUGUCGUUGCAAAAAAAUGUUGGAGCUCAUGUGAUCUACUUGAUACCCUUAUACUGUAAUGUUAUACUUGAAAUAGUCAAUGACGGCCUCCA